GAGUGUGAGUGUGUGUGAAGCCACUCAGGGUCUGCGAGAUGUAUCUGAAUCGGGGUGAUCCCUCCUCUUCUCCCUCUCUCACAUCACUCCUCUGACAGAGAGCGGACAGUCGUCCACAAUAACCGGCUCUAUAGCAGCCUCUGGCUUAUCUCAUCUCCGCGGAUCGCCCCCGGUGCCGACCCGUACCGGCUGCUUCCCCCCGCUGUAUCAUCUAAAUCACACACACACAGAAGCAAAAGAAAAAGAGAGAAUGAGAGAUGCGGUCGUGUUUCACUUUCUUUGCUUCCAAGGAGCCGUAUCUCUCACAUCUUUCCCCCGGAUCUUUGUUUCUGGACGGCAGGCUGCGGCUGCGUAAUGCUCCGCAGCAGUGGAGGCAGCAGAUGCGUUGAGCAACCCAGCUCAUAGAUGUAUCUCUCCACGGUGACCACGGCCUGAUGCUGAAAUCCCUACAUUCAUGAGAAGGCAACAGGAAGCAGAUUACUGAGGGAUUAAACGCAUGCACACUUAUGCACAUGCACACACAGAGAGAACCACAGUUCCGGGAUUUGUCCGCUGUCCAACUGUGGAUGUCUCACUGAAUGAACUUGUCUGACUGACUGACUCUGGUACCAUGGAAGAAGAGGAGGAGCUGAUAGAGACUCAUUGAAUUUAACUUACGUAACCCCACCUCCUUUCCCCUGCCUCACCAUCGAAAGGCUUUGACUGGUCGAUAAGGAUUACAGAUUUAUUACAAAGACAGUGGAGACAGAGAGGAGUGCAGAGCCAGGCGUCCGCCUGCUGCUGUCCCAUGAUGCAUCUACACAUGUAAGAGCAGGAUCAGCCACACAGAGGGCUGUUUCUAUGGAUACCCCUGCCCUGGGUAGUAUUAAUAAGACUCACUGAUAUCCUGACUAUCUGCGCGUGAACAAAAUACAGUGAGAGAUUAGAAGUGCAUCGCUGUGGCAGACUAAAGCAUCAAAUAGCGUCUUUGGAGCAGAGAGAGACAUCAUCAAAAGCAGAAAAAUGUUGAAGGAGAAUAUGUUAUUUUUAAACAUGUAGGCUCGACUGUAGACGCUUUACACUCCUUGUCCUAAACACCUCAAAGGGUUUUUUUAAAUGUGAUACCUCAGCAGGUUCAGUAAAAGGAUGAUUUAAUAAGAAUCUGCCCACACAGGACCAGAAGAGGAGGUGAACAUGAUGCACAAAGACACUUCUUAGGCCUGAAGGAAAUAUCUUCUCCUCUAACCCGCUCAUGAUUCUGACCACAGCUCAAAAUUCUGGAUAAAAUACUGGAACUUUUGUGGGCUCCUAAAACUGCCACCACCUUUCACCAAACUAGCUGUGUGACUGAAUUUUGGUCUUGUCUACAUGAGAACAAACAUCUACAUGCACCAGCUACCUAGACAAAAAUCAGGUCUUUAUUUAAGGUUCUGGACUCACCAGCAAAAUGUGACAUCAUGUGUACAAGACAAUAGCAAAGCACUUUUAGUCAAGCUUAAGGUACCUGGAAUCAUCUGUCAUCUCUCCCUAACACAUCCACACUGAGCUAUCAUGGCCCGACAAGACAUCCCCCUCUUCCUUCACGGCUUCGACCUGGGCGGCCACUUUGUUGACCUCCGACCUCUCGGCACAGGUGUUACAGGCCUGGUUCUCUCAGCUGUGGACCAGCGCAAAGGACAACGUGUGGCAAUCAAGAAGCUGGUGAUGCGUGAUGCCGUGACGGUGAAGCACGCUCUGCGGGAGGUCAGAAUCACUCACCGGCUGCACCAUGAGAAUGUAGUGAGGGUUCAUGAGGUGUUGGCGCCGUACGGACGACCGCUGCCCAGAGACCCGGCCCAGCUGAGCGCCCUGUACAUCGUUCAGGAGUGCAUGGAGACGGAUCUGGCUCGGCUGCUGGAGCAAGGACCGCUAUCCACAGGUCAUGCUACUCUGCUGUUCUACCAGCUGCUGAGGGGACUGAAGUUCAUCCAUUCAGCCAACGUCCUGCACAGAGAUCUGAAGCCUGCCAACAUAUUCAUCAACACCGACCAACUGCUGCUCAAGAUAGGAGACUUCGGGCUGGCCAGGAUAGUCGACCCUCAUUAUUCUCACAAGGGCUAUCUGUCCGAGGGUCUGGUAACUAAGUGGUACUGUUCCCCCCGUCUGCUCCUGUCCCCCAACAACUACACCAAGGCCAUCGACAUGUGGGCCGCUGGCUGCAUACUGGCUGAGAUGCUAACUGGACGCAUGCUGUUUGCAGGGGCUCAUGAGCUGGAGCAGAUGCAGCUGAUUCUCGACACAGUGCCGGUACUGAGGGAGGAGGACAGGCAGGACCUGCUACAGGUGAUGCCUUCAUAUGUCAGUCAUGGAUGGAGAGUCAAGAAACCCUUCUCUGAAUUGCUGCCUGAAGUGGAUGCUCAGGGUGAGCCGAGGGGAUUGAGAAGUGCUGUGGAUUUCCUUGAGCAUAUCUUGACCUUUAACCCGAUGGAUCGGCUGACGGCUGAAGCAGCGCUGUCGCACCCCUUCCUCCAGCAGUACUCCUGUCCUGAGGAUGAGCCCACCUCGUUGCACCCCUUCCGCAUAGAAGACGAACUGGAGGACAACCUUGUUACCGAGCAGAGCCUCAGCAACAGCAACAGUCAGGCCUCCAGCAUCCACUGGGAGAGGUACGAGACCAGUUUAUCAACAGAUGUGUCCUGGCAGCAGUCAGGAGGGGGGUGUCGCUGCGUGCCUCCUGGCCACAUGACGUCUGACAUGGGAGACACCACAGAGGAAGAGGAGGUGCAGAGAGACCCCCGGGCCAGUUCCACCUCACUGUUAGAGGAGGCGCAGGUCGACCCACGCAAGUAUUCCCACAGCAGCUCAGCAGAACGCUUCCUGGAGAACUCCCACUCCUCUCUGGAACGAGCCUGUGGUUUGGGGUACGGGGAACUGGACUGUGGCCACUCCUGUGACUACAAAGUGGGAUCCCCUUCAUAUCUCGAUAAAAUUGCCUGGAGGGAGGGCAAGCCUCAACACUACUCAGAGCCUAAGCUGAUCCUGGAUCUUUCUCACUGGAAGCGCAACACCACCAGCCUCCCUGUGCCUGCUGAGCCUAUUGGGGGCAGCGUGGAGGACUUAGGGGAGAUGAAAGAGGAGGAGGCGGAAGAGGAAGAAGAGGAGGAGACGGGAGAUUUAUUCCAAGAGAUCUCUCGCUGGGUAGAGAGCACCCAGUCUCGCUUGCACUCACCCAGUCCCAGUUCUUCUUUGGAGCAACGUUCACCCUCCUGCUACAUCUCCUCUCCCCCUCUCCCACUCUCCCCGACUGACCUUCCGACUCCAGUCUUCCACUACACGGAAGUUGUGCAGCACCCAUCAGCUGAAUUCAAUGAAGACAGACUGAGCCCGCUUCAGCCUGUCACAUCUUCUUCUAAUUCCCUUCCCUCACUCCUCCCCUCAUCUCCCACCUCUCCACUUCCUGUUGAGUCACCUCAAACAGCGUCUCCCCCCAUCUCGCCACUUUUUCCUCCCACAGAAUCUCAACCUCUUUCCUCUACAUCCUCCAUUUCUCAGCCGGUAAAAGAUGAACCUAUGGAGUCACUUCCUGUCAAGCAAAAGGAGCGGCUGUUCGACCUGGACGUGUUCAUAUCCCGAGCACUGAAACUGUGCAGGCAGAAUAAGGAGAAAGCAGAUGGGAAGAAGGGAAAAGACGGAGGAUGGAGGGAAGAAAGCAAACAGCAGAACAUUACCCGUAAGGUUCCUAGGCUUCCAGAGCAUAGGACUCCACCACCACCACAGACUCCAAACUCUUGAUGUUGAAUUUCAACUUCAGGUUCACCACAGUAUAACACCAUAAUGGGUAGCACUUCCAAAUGCUCAUACUGCUUUACGUAGUGAGGGGUGAAGAUGCUGCUUAAACAUUAGACCUUAGUGUUAGCGGCCUUUUCCCUACUAUUGCAAUGACACGCUACAUGCUGUGACUAAAACCCUCACUUAAACAAGCAAUCCUGCAGCUUUGUCAAGAGGUGCUCUCAGGCAAUAAGAGGUCGACAAGCAUUUGGGUUCGGAUAUGAAUAACCAUGCUUAGCAUUGCAAAAUCAAGGGUUUGUUCUACAUGAGAAUACUUAGAAAUAAUUCAGCUAAUUGAUGAUCAUGGGGUUUGUGAUGCGCUGUCCUUUGUCGAGUUAAAGAUGGGUCGAAACUUGACUUGAUAGCAACUUAUUCUGCGACACAAACAUCCGCAAAUAACAUGAGUUACCCAGACUAUUGUGCACUGGUUAACAGUAACCUACUGGAGAGGGAUCACUUGUAUUGAUUCCUUGCUGUGUGUCAGUAAAUCUUUUGAAAAGUCAGACAGUCUUCCAGAGGUGAUGUUCACCGAAUAACGAUAACGACACGGGAAAUGCUUUUUCCAAGCUUCUCUGAAUGUAUUAACUGAAAAAUAAUCAGUCAAAUUAUGCUACAUGGUGAAACGUAGGGAUUUUAUUUGUCGCUGUUCUAACACUCCGUCACUGCUACAUGCCUUGUAAACUUGUAUAAAUCUGUUGUCAUAUUUAAUUCUACGGUAUAAUUCUGACGACUGUUGUUAAUGAUGUUCUCGUGUCUGACGUAUUCUUUGCUGAAUGCUAGAGCACAGUUUUCUGUUUAUUUGGUGUGAGUUGUAUUUUGUUUAAAUGUGGAAUGCUCUAUCGUAAUAAUUUAUGCUCUGGUUCAGUCGUGAAUAGUUUCAUAUUCUGUCUGCCUGAUGCACCAAACAAGGUCAUCUUCUGCUGUACACUCACUGAAAAGAUACUGUCUUUAUCUGUACAUGACAGCCAGAUAUCUGUCACCAUUUUGCUCACUGAAAUGUUAGCCACAGAAAGCUAUAUUGCAAACAACAGUAGCUUAUAUUUUGGAGAAUGUAGAUCCUUUACAACCUUUAUAGGAAAUUAUUUGUACUUAAAAACUCCUCAAUGCUGCCCAGUAGCCAUAUUGAUAUAUGGAACAGAAGAUAACCAAAACGUAUAUUUUGAAAUACUUUUCUAUUCAGCGCGUCACAGUAGACCCUCAGAAUGUUCUUUAUUCUGGCAUCUGAUGUCUCCCCUCCAAGGUAACCAAAUCAGGUAAAAGAUACAGGAAGAUGUAAGUUCUGAAGGUUGUUGGCUUGUGCCUCAUACUUUGUUAAUCAUGUACAUCUGACAUUCACUUUACUCACCAAACUGAGAAGCUCAUAGUGAGCACUGGCGCUCCUGCAAAUUUUUCAUAGGGGUCGCCAGAGGGGGCCAUUGAAAAUCCAACCAAAAGUCAUAACUGAAUAUCAGGAAUUCCAUUAUGCUGUUUUAGUAGUCUACAGGCUGGUUGAAAACUAUGUCAAUAUGGAGAGUUAAGGAAUAGCAUGCUAAUGCACUUUGGUUUCUAGUUUGACAGUUAAUAUUACUAAUUAUCUGAUGUUUCAUUGUUCAUUCAUUUCCUGUAACCGCCGAUCCUGUUAGGGCUUGUCAGGGGGCUGGAACCUAUCCCAGCUGACAUUGGGUGAAAGGUAGGGUACACCCUGGACAGGUCACCAGACUAUCACAGGGUU